AGCAUGGAAGUGGAGAGAAUCUAGAAAUGUGAAAAAAGAAUAUAUAUAAAAUGCCCAUAUCUUUCACAUCCUAAAAAAUCCAGAAAAAAAAAAGAAAAGAAAAGAAAAAGAGAUGUAAUAAUUAAAUGCGAAAUAAAAUCAUUGCACUAAAGCCAUUAGGUGAAGCAAAGCACAAUAGAAUAAUGGCAGAACAAAAGUUGACAAAUUUUGAAGUCAUUGCUGUUGUUGAAGAGGUGUCAUGGGGUGGUGUUGCUUUUGUGUAGAGAAGAUCUCCUACCUGGGAUGUGGGAUCUCUAUAUUUUCUUAUCUGAUUCUGGCCCAGCAGAUCUGAAUUCCUGUAUAUUCUUUUGUCUGGAAAUGAUCUAAGCUUCUUCUUCAAUGGCUGUACAGAGACACCCAGCUUGUGUUAUUGCCUCUAUGAGGAGAUUACCUUUGUUUGUUGGUUCAUGGGCUUUCUGGGUCAUUCUGGUUUGGGAUUACUUUGUCUUCUGUACUGUGGCUGUGCAAAAUCAUGGAGCUGGUUCGUUUUGUGGGUUGCUGUCCAGAAUUUGCUGAACUAUGGGCAAUCUUUGACAAGGGGUAGAAGAGGAUACAGAAAUGGGAACUGAAGUACAGUCUAAGAUGUAUCUGCAAGGAUAUUAUUCCCUGAGGGAUCUGAACAACAAUGCUGGCAAGGGGAGCUGGCCUCUACAUUGUGAACAGAAAACAUUGAGAAGUGGACAGUACCAUGAAAUAUUCUUGACAAGGCCGGAAAUGGAUGGAUAUGAUGGACACGAUAAGGAACUGCUGAGGCAAACUAUAUUGAAGCAUGAAACCGUAUUCAGGCAGCAGCUCUGUGAACUCCAUCGUCUUUACAAAAUACAAAGGGACUUGAUGAAUGAUAUCAAAAGCGAACUGCACAAACAUCUGAUACCAGCAGGGACAUCACCAUCAAAUUCUUUUCCAUCCGGAUUUCCAUCUGAAGAUGAGAAAAAGAGGUGGCGUAUUUCCACGUUCACCUUGGAUUCUAGUUAUGGUAGACCAUCCACUGCAGGUGUGGAUCGCAUCCCAUCUCAUUUUAAUUCUGAGAAAGGGAAGAUCAUGCAAUCCAAUUGUGGUCCUACCCAAAUUGGAGUAAGGCAGAAGGAAUAUGAGUCUAUGGAACCCAAAUGUCGCAAGCUUCAGAGAAGAUUAUUUGACCUGGAAAUUCCAGCUCAUGAAUACAUCAACAAUGAAGGGGAAGAGCAAAAAGUUUCCGGAGACUUGGGAGUGCAAAGUUAUCCUCCCAACGAGUCUAUUUCUCAUAAGAGGGAUGGAAAUUUGUCUAUUUGCGUUGGGGUGAGCACUUGCUGUAGUGCUGAUGCUUUCAGUUCCAAUGUGCAUUUGAGGAAAGCCCCUGGCUUGACCGAUCUGAAUGAAAAAAUUCAGGUUGAGGAAGCAUAUGCUUCAGAUAUUCUAGCCAAUAAUGCGUGCUCCAAAAAGGAGAUGCAAAGGCAGGAUUCAUCUGCCAGUGCAUAUUCAGGUUUCCAAUGUUUGGCUAAGGAAUUCUCUCAAAAUCAGCACAAUGGAAGGGGUGGAGCAGUUAACAUUCUGCGUUUUGAGAAUGAAAGCAAGCAACACGAUCAGUUAUCUUAUACGUUUCAAGCUGGGAAAACUAGAAGCAACAGAAGUUCUUUCUCUGGAAGUUUUCGUCCUGCAGAUUUUCCUAAGCCUUGUGAAUCAUCACAAGUUGAAUUUAUGAAAGCUCGUGACACUGCAACGUGUUUCCCUUCUGGUCAGAGUAAGACAGAGCAACAGAUAAAGAGGACAAUUUUUGGUGUAGAAAUCUCUGACACAAAUCAUGAUUCAUCUCUUGUGGCUUCCCAUUCACUUGGUCUGCAGGCCUCACUAGUUCCUAAAUCUGAUAUGGCCAAUUCUAAGUCAUGUACUAUUUCACCUUGGACAAAGCCUCCAGGUAGCUUGAGCCAGCACUUAACAUCAACUCAAGGAAACCCUUGCUAUAAUACCUCUCGUCAGUCAAAUAAGAGUUCAGCAACAUUGACGCGAAGCCCUGAAGUUACUGGGGAGUUGCUUAUAGAUAGUUAUUCGAAAUCAAUUCCAGAUAUAAGAGAUGAAGUUUCCUACCAAAAUGAUGUCUACCUUGGUUCACGGUCAGUGUCCAACGAAUUACAUGGUUGCCAGCCAUCAGGUCACCUUGGCUUUCCAAAUGGUGUCAAUGACUGUAAUUUUACUUUUGAGCAAUUUCGGCAACACGAGCCUCAAAAAUACCUUUGGGGUUCAGGCAGUAUCAUGGAUGUGAAGUCUGCAAAGAAAAUGAAUAUGGAUGCAGUAGCUCCAAAUGAUCAAUACAAAGUAAUUUGUGAACAAAAUCUUGUUUCGGUUGACUGGCCAAGGACCCAGGAGAAUUCACAGGGAGCAUCGUCUUGGCUAAGACCAAUGUCAAAUUUUAAUGGCAAAUAUUCCGGAGAAAAGGAAGGCUCUGGUCACAAGAAUUUGGGUUCCUGGCAAAACUAUUCUCUGCAAUUUGUCAACAAAACUGAAAUGAUAAAUGGUCCAUCUCAGAGGUUUACUCUGGACUCCUCAUCAGCAACAUGUGCUGAUGAUGCUGAGCAUGGAAAAAUUGAUAAAGGUAACUGCUCAAAGAAUAUGAAGAUUCUUGGGUUUCCUAUUAUUGACAAGCCUCAUACAUUGAAGGAUCUUCCUUCUCAUAGCUCCCCCUCAAAGCGGAGUUGUGCUGCUUCUGCAAUUGAUACUGUAAAUGCUGGGUUAGUUAUAACUGAUUUAGCUCAUGAUCCCAUGUCACCCAGAUCUGGAGAGCUACUCAAAGAGAAGGAUCAGGUCGUAGCAAAGGGAUUGGAUAACCACGGUGCCCCUUCUAGACAUCAGAUUGACUUGAAUAUUUGUGUAACUGAAGAAGAGGUUCUAUCUACACCCUCUUCUCCCAUUGCAACUCAGAUAGAUUUGGAGGUGCCAGUAGUCAUUGACACAGAAAUAGUUAUUACUCCUGCAGAAGGAUCUCCAGAAAGCAAAAGUAGAGAACAUUUUGCCUCAUUACAUGAUGAAUCUAGGGUGCCUUGUGAGGGACUUAUCAGAGUAGCAGCAGAGGCUUUAGUUUCCAUCUCGUUAUCUCAUGUGCAUAAUCUUCCAAGCCAUGCUGUAGAUAAUAAUCUUCAAGAAAAUGCUACUUGUCACCAGUCAGAAGCUUCACUCACUGAUUCGCUUCAUUGGCUUGCAGAAAUAAUCUCUUCAUGCAAGUCUGAUACUGAGAAUAAGGUUGUAGAAGUUUCAAUGGGUAAAGACAAUUCUUUUCAAGAAGAGCUUAUUCCUGAUGGGAUUGAUUUCUUUGAGUUCAUGACAUUAAAUUUGACCGAAAGCAAGGUAGAGGACUACUGUUAUAAGCCUGAGAUUUGGGAAGACCAACAAGAUGAAAACACAUUGCAAGGAAGGCCUAGGAGACGUCAAACGAGGAGAGGGAGGCAACGGAAAGACUUCCAAAGAGAUGUACUUCAUAGCAUCACCUCCCUUUCGAGGAAUGAGGUGACUGAGGAUCUCCUGACAUUCGAAGGGUUGAUUAAGGCAACUGGUGGCACUUGGCAGUCAGGUUUGGCACACAAAAAUUCCAGUAAGAGUGGCGGUGGAAGGGGACGGAGGCGAUCAGCAGCUUCUAAUUCCCCUUCUGGUGCAACUGCAGCUUGCCUGCCCCAGGUUCAGCAACCAAAAUGUAUAGUGCUUGGACUUGAGGAAAAAAGCCUAACAGGAUGGGGAAAGAGGACAAGGCGUCCCGCUCGACAGAGAUGUCUGAUUAAUAAUCCUCAGCUUUGCCUAAAAUAAGUAGUGGGAGAUGCCUGUGUUUCUUGGGAGUGCACUUGAGUAGGACUUGAGGGUUUUGCCACCAGCUUUCUAAGCCAUUGCCCAUGGGGUUUUUACAUUGUCCAUUUCUUCUUGGUCCUAAUUAUAUCUGUAUUCUGAGUGAGUUGUAUGAUUCAUCAUAAAUACUUUGCAUUGAUUUUUUAGUGACAAACAGAGUUUGAUAAGUUAAACUUGUAACGUAACUGAAAGGAUUUUGUGAAAGAUUAUGGAUUGCAUACCUCCAGUUCAAGAUUUUUA